AUGAAUUACACUGAUGCAAAAUUUUACAAGUCGGCUAAUGUCACGAUUUUGAAAGAGAAACUUGAGGAGGGAAAAUGUCAUGAAAGCUCAACCUCACAGAAAUCCCUACAAGUUAAGCAACUAUCCCCUGUGAAAUCUCCUCAGCCUAAAGAGGAGGACUUGAAGGUAUCUAAUCAAAAACGAACCUUCAAGUACAUCCCUAAAAGUCAACGAGGAGUGGGGCAAAAAGCUUUGACACCGAUUGAAGAUUCGAUGACAGCCCUUAUGACGAGCUUUACUUUACCGCUAAGGAAAAUUGAUCAGUCACUACCCAAAGGUAAAAUGCAAAUUUCAAUUACUUUUGGUGAAAAUAGCAGGAAAAAUAAAAGGGUUGUUACUCUUAAUAAAAAAUCUUCAACUUCUGUAACUCCGAAAGCCUUCAAAGUGGAAAAGAAAAAGUUCCAUAUCAAGAAGCAAAAAGGAAUCACAAUCCAUCAAAAUAGUGAUUGUUUAAAAGCUUCUUUUGAACCAGAUGAGUUAACAGAAGAGGAACAAAAAAUGUUUCGCAAUGAUGAUGUACCCACACCUUCCUCGCGGGUGUCGGUGUUUGACAAACUUGAAGCAAGCACAUCCACCCCACGAGUGUCAGCAUUCGAAAGGCUUGUUUUCCCAAGUGCUCCACAGCCAAAGGGAACUAAAAAGAAAAAGCAGUGGGUGCCAAAACAAAAGAAACCCAUGAGAAUUACUAUUCUUCAAGGGCAUGAAACACAAGAAGAUGAAGAAAAUAUUGCUCAAGUCAAUUACCUCUCUUUUGAAGAAAGUUUGACAAUAGAAGAUGAAGGCUCGAGCUCAAACCCUACGGAAGAUUUUAUAGACAUUCUUCAACCAGCACCUCAAGAAUUCGAAGACGGAGGACAAGCAACAGUGGAUGAUUUAAUAGAGAUCAACCUUGGGACCGAGGACGAUCCAAAGCCUGUAUUUGUCAGUGCUUUAUUAACCAAAGAAGAAUUACCACAGUACAAACAAGUCCUUCGUGAAAAAAAAGUUGUAUUUUCUUGGGGGUAUCAAGACAUGCCAGGGUUGGAUCCAAAGGUUGCCGUACACAGGCUGGCAGUAUCGAAAGACGCUACCCCUAUUAAACAAUCUCAAAGAAGAAUUCGACCAGAGCUACUUCCCAAAAUUGAGGCAGAAAUUGACAAGUUAAGAAAUUGCUGGUUUAUUUGGGAAGUUAAGUAUCCCAUUUGGCUCGCAAACAUUGUCAUUGUGAUGAAGAAAAAUGGGGAACUCUGCAUAUGUGUGGAUUACCGAGAUCUUAAUCGGGCUUGCCCAAAAGAUGAAUUCCCACUCCCCAUCACUGAGUUAUUGGUAAAUGCUACCACUGGUUUUGAUGCCUUAUCAUUCAUGGAUGGGUUUUCUGGGUACAACCAAAUCAAGAUGACACCUGAAGAUGAAGAGCUCACUGCUUUUCGGACACCAAAAUGCAUAUUUUCCUAUACAGUUAUGCCAUUUGGCCUCAAGAAUGUAGGGGCAACCUACCAAAGAGCAAUGGCCACAAUUUUUGAAGACAUGAUGCACAAUACUGUUGAAUGUUAUGUUGAUGAUUUAGUGGUCAAAACAAAAGAAAGGGCAAAUCAUCUUGAUGAUUAA